UCCUCCACGUGGUGCAGCCAGGUCCAAACUCCCGCCCGGAACAGUCGUUAGUCAACACUGCAGAGCAUCUGUGUCCGUUUGUGUCUUUGUUUCCUCUUCGUACUCUUCAGCAUAAUGGCAGCAGACAAAGCCGAUGCAGACACGGACGAUAUUUUUUCCAAUGAGGAGCUGGAAAAAGCUUUGUGCGUGCUGGCUGGAAGCGACCCAGAGAACUGCUCUUAUUCCCGGGGCUAUGUGAAGAGACAGGCUGUGUUUGCCUGUUACACCUGCACUCCCAGUGCUGCAGAACCAGCAGGAGUCUGUCUGGCCUGUGCCAACAAAUGCCACGAUGGACAUGAUAUCUUUGAACUGUAUACCAAAAGAAAUUUUCGCUGUGAUUGUGGAAACAGAAAAUUUGGGAAUUUUCAGUGCCAACUAAUACCUACCAAAGAUGAAGAAAAUGUAAAAAAUCACUACAACCACAACUUCAAUGGCUGUUACUGCACAUGUGACCGGCCUUACCCAGACACAGAUGAUCAGGAAAAUGAUGAGAUGAUUCAGUGUGUCGUCUGUGAAGACUGGUUUCAUACACGGCAUCUGGGCUGCGCUGUAGUAGAACCUGAGGAGCUGCAAGAGAUGGUGUGUGAGGCCUGUAUGAACAAGGCUCCUUUCCUAUGGACGUAUGCAGCUCACUAUGCAGCUCCUCCUGUAGUCAGUAUUGCUCAUCCUGAGGAGGAGGUAGAGGUCGAUGUCGAGGGAGGAUCAGAAAAGGAAGGAGAAACUGGGUCCAGACAAAGUGAGGAGGAAGAACUGUCCACGAGUACUGAGCACACAAAGCAGGAGGAAUCCACAAACAGGAGCUCCCCUUCCAAACGCAGCCAUGAGGAGAUGACCAGCAGCCCUGUUGCGACGAAGACUGGAGGCUGCAGGCUGAAGGAGCUGCAGGUCCAGGGGUUGGAGAGGACGAGACAGGGAGCAGUAUUCUGGCCCUACAGUUGGCGCUCAAAACUUUGCACAUGCACAAGCUGCAAGAGAGCCUAUGUGGCUGCAGAGGUACAGUUUCUCAUGGAUCAGUCUGAUACCAUUCUGGCCUAUGAGAACAGAGGCCUGGAUGAGCCGUUUGGGCAGCACCCUCUGAUAGCACUGACAAACUCGAUGAACCGUAUACAGCAGCUGGAGGUCAUUUACGGUUUCAAUGAGCUGACAACUUCGAUCACAGCCUUUUUGGACCAGUGUGUUGCUGAAGGAAAGACGGUCACAGUGGAAAGUGUGCAUGAGUUCUUCGAGGAGCUGCGUGCCAAAAAGAGACGCAGAACUAAUGCAGGAUACCAGUAACAAAGUUGACACUAUGCUGGGGCUUCGGAAGAAUGUACAGCUCGGAAGAAGACCCUUUUUAUUGAUGAAUUAAAAGGGUUUUUUUGCUGCAAAAAAUGUGAUUUUAAUGCUUAAAAAGUUAGUGCAUUCCCUACUGGCUUUAAUUUGUUUCCAAGUGUUACUUCAAAGAUGAAGGUUUGUGAGCUCUGCAUGGGUUCUGUCCAUUUUGUACUGAUUAUAGAGGGAUCUAAAGCUCUGUUUUACUUGAAACAUUUAUGAAUAAAAUAACGUUUGUUUUAAAACUCA